AUGAGCGAAGAGGAGAGAACGCUUUGGUGUGGAAAUCUCAGCGAAAAUGUUACGGAAGAGAUACUGUACGAGUUGUUUCUGCAGGCUGGUCCGCUGGAAAACAUAAAGAUUCCCCGAGAUGCAGAUAGGCGUCAGCGUAGUUACGCCUUUAUUACGUUCCAACACGCCUGCAGUGUGGAGUAUGCGAUGAACAUAUUCGAGGGCACAGCGCUGUUGCAACGUCCGCUGACACUGCACAGAAAAGCUCGCAACGGCUCCAACGCUAGUAAUGCUUUGGCUCAAACGAAUUUUAACUAUCCUAUGGGUAGCACUAGCACCAGCAGCAGCAGUCACACGGGCAAACGUUUAUCCAACGAUGUAGCACCAGUGCACUUUCCCCCAAUGCAUCAGUCGAUGGAUGGUAAUGCAUACGCAGCAUCGAAUAAAACUCCGGACAGGUUAAAUCCAGCCCAAAGGCAAAAUGACAUCAUGUCUGCGAUGUCGAUGGCACUGAACGGAUCGCAAUAUGUAUUUACACCGGAGCUGUUAGCUCAGUUGGGCCAGCAACUUCUUGGCGCAGAACUUCCUCCGAUGGACCAUGUCAACCAGCAGCAGAGUUCGUUGCGCACGAAAAUAAUGCACAACGAUCGAUCUCACUAUCGUGAUCAUCAUCACAAGAAACCAUAUUCUCGGGACGAUCGCUACGAUUAUAAACACGAUCGCAACGAUUCGCAUAAUCGCCACCGCUAUGACAGCAACAGUGGACGGAAAAGUAACGAUUACGAAAAGGAUAAGCAUCGAAACAACCGGAGCAGGAGAUAG